UGUGCAAUCAUUGUGGUGAUCUGAAAUCAUCGCAAUGAGGUCAAACAAUCGCGAUGAGACGAUUAUUUAAUCAUUGUGAUAGCCCUAAUGUUAAGCACUUGAUUAAAUCUCUCUUAUUUUUAUUCUGUUUUAGCAAGUAUACUCUUUCUUACAGUUUUAAAAGGACACAUUGAGAAACUCUGAUAGAUUCACAAACCAUCUGAUCCUAACUAAGGACACAAUUCAAGCCCUUGGUGCAGAAGGCGGCCAUGGGAAAUUCACAGAAAUCAGCGCUCCCCAAAGAAACCCUGGAGGACCUGAAAGAGAACACAAGGUUCACUGAAGCCGAGAUCUUGCAGUGGUACGAGAACUAUCAGAAGCAGUGUCCCUCUGGUCGCAUCACGCUGGGUCAGUUUGUAGAGAUCUACGUUCGGUUCUUCCCUGACAGUGAUGCCAAAUCUUAUGCCCAGCACGUUUUCCGCUCCUUUGACACGAAUGACGAUGGGACGUUAGACUUUAAAGAGUACAUUGUUGCUCUUCACAUGACCUCUACGGGAAAGACGACCCUGAAACUUGAGUGGGCCUUCACGUUGUUCGAUGUGGACAAGAGUGGCUACGUCUCAAAAUCUGAAGUGGCUGAACUAUCUGAGGCCAUUUUCAAACUCAUACCCAAAGAAAAGCACGCAGAACUGCCCAGUGAUGAAAACACAGCAGAGAAGAGAGCUGAAAAACUCUGGACUAUCUUUGGCAAAAAGGACAAUGAACGACUUGCAGAGGGUGAGUUCAUCCAGGCCGUAUCUUCAAGCCAAGUAGCGCUACGGCUAAUUCAGUAUGAUCGUAAAUGACAAACGUCAUGAACACCUACAUUUAAUACCCACAUUUUCUCAUGCUUGAUUUCAUGGUUAUGUACGUAUACUCAAAUGAACUGGGUUUAUGUUCUCUUUAUAUUCUAAAAGAUGGAAGAUUUGUUUGUUAUAUACUAGAGUAACAUUUUGUAGAUAAUAGAUACUUGAGAAAAUGUAUAGUUAUAUUGCAUUUAUAUUGCAUUUGGUUCUUUUGUCAUAUUCACAUUACCUGGAUGAUACAAAAAAGUCAAAGACAGUCAAGAUAAAUGUGCAAGGCGAAAUGAUUUGAUAUUCAACCACGCCGCAUCCUCAAGUUGUUAAAUGUAUGGUUUACCUCAUUUUGUUUUAAUGUUCUGUCUGCACACCUCAUACUUUUUGUAGACUUGCUUCUGUUCUGUUAUUAAUGUGUGCCACAUUUCCUUGUAUAGUGAGACAACAAAAAAGUCAUGUUUCAUAUUCUUUGUCAUGGCAUUCUGUGUUAACUUAACCCAAAUACAAAAGAGUUUAACCAAAGAGUUUAAUGUUUUAUUCAUAUAUUAUAUUGCUUUGUUUUUGCACACCAGAUCUCAUUUCAAUAUGAUAUGUGACCCUGUCUGUCUAAAUUACAAAUCUAAUUUUGAGA